AUGGAGAACAACUCGUCCUCUUGCAAGACGAACAAACCGCCAUCAUGCGGAUCGCUCGUAACCAUCCUGAGCCUUGACGGUGGUGGAGUCAGAGGAAUCAUCACCGGAGUGAUCCUUGAUUUUCUCGAAAAACAACUUCAGGAGCUAGAUGGAGAAGAUGUGAGGCUAGUAGAUUACUUCGACGUGGUAGCCGGAACUAGCACCGGUGGCCUCAUGACGGCCAUGUUGACUGCACCGGACGAGACUGGACGACCUCUCUUCGCGGCCAAAGACAUUGUUCCGUUUUACUUUCAACACUCUCCCAAAAUAUUUCCACAGCCCGGACGCUUCUUUGGUAAGUUACCAAGGCUUCCAAAGCUUCUGUCUGGUCCAAAAUACGACGGAACAUAUCUACGAGGUAUAAUAGAUAUGUUUCUUGGAGAGACAAGACUUCACCAGACACUCACAAACGUUGUAAUACCUACCUUCGACAUCAAGAAACUCCAACCCACCAUCUUCUCCUCUUACCAGGCGUUGGUUGACCCUAGCUUGAACGUCAAUAUAUCAGACAUAUGCAUUGGCACAUCGGCUGCUCCAACUUUCUUCCCUCCUCACUAUUUUACCAAUGUAGAUAGCCAAGGCAAGACGACUGAGUUUCACCUCGUUGAUGGUGGAGUUACUGCUAACAACCCGACUUUGGUGGCCAUGACUACUGUGUCUAACCAGAUUAUGAAGAAGAGUUCUGAUAUGGGUGAGCUCACGCCGUUAGGUUACAACCGGUUUCUCGUUAUAUCGGUAGGAACAGGGACUGCAAAUAAGGAGGAGAAGUAUAACGCUAAAAAGGCUGCGAAAUGGGGAAUCAUAUCUUGGUUAUACGACGAUGGAUCUACUCCUUUAUUAGAAAUCAUCAACGAAUCAAGCCGCGACUUAGUUCAUUUCCACAGCUCUGUUGUGUUCUCAGCCCUAAAAUCCGAGGACAAGUAUCUCAGAAUCGACGAUGAUACAUUGGACAAAGAUGAAAGCUAUAUGGAUCUAGCGACAGAGACUAAUUUAGAGAAUCUUGUGAGAAUCGGAGAGAAGAUGCUGAAAAAUAGAGUCGCACAUAUGAACAUCGACACUGGCGAUUAUGAACCUGUUCCUGACAAUGUCACCAAUGGUCAAGAACUCAAGAAGUUUGCGAAAAUUCUCUCUGAUGAAAGGAAACUAAGGAUAAUGAAAAGCGACGCAAUGAAUAAAGAUUCAUCAAAGUGA